AUGGGAAAUCAAAUCAUGGGCAAAUUCAGGAAAACCAGAUUCCAAGGUUUUUCAGAAAAUCAAAUUGAUUAUUUAAGGUAUCUGUAACAAUUCGAUUUAAGUGACAAAUGGUUGUAAAUCGAAAGCAACGGAGUGAUCGAUCCAAACAAAUUCGCCGAUCAAUACAAUGUUACUCAUAAGGAAGCCAUUAAAGUAAUGAAGUUUUGUUAAUAUCAAAUAGAUUAUUAAGUUGAUGGACUUUGAUGACAGCGGUCGAGUUGACUACUAUAAGUUUAAAGUAGGAGUUGCAUAAUUAUGCCAAAAUCCAAUGACGGUAAUAUAAGCAUAUUUAUGAACCUCUAGACAACAGCAAAAACUAUCUUCGAUCUCUACGACGAGGAUAGGGACAACAAAUUGGGACCUAAGGAAGUGGGUAUCUUUUUAACAAGCAUAUUUAACAAUCUUCACUAUUACGAAGGCUUAGAUGACCCAACACCCAAAGAAAUUGAAGAGAAACUCGCACAAUAUUUGGUGAAGUGGGACUUGGAUAGAGAUGGAGGAUUUGAAUAUGAAGAAUAUUUAAAAUUGAUGCAAAAAGAUCCUGACGUGUUGAAAGUACUAUACAACAUGGGAUUGGCUAAUAAAGAUGAAUUGACAAUCGAGGAGACUUGCUAUAAUGACAUCGACAGUGACAUUGAAAUUGAGAUGGAGAGAAGAUUACUGCCUAGAGAUGAGAGAGUCGAACGUAUCAAAAAUGGAAUUGAACAUACAAUAUCAGCAGAGGCAAGUGACGAGUUUGGAUUAGAAGAGGAGGAAGUAGUAAUGGAAUGGAAGGAAUAAGCAAAGAGAUUGGAACCAAGUAAGAAACCAGAAGGAAUGGAUGCUUCACCACCUAAUGCAAUUCUCGAUUUGGAGUACAUUUAUGGAUAUAGAUGUCAUGAUACUAGAAACAAUUUAAAAUAUGGGAACAAAGGAUAGAUUGUUUAUCAUACAGCUGGUGUUGGAAUAGUCUUGGAUCCAAGCAAUAUGAGUUAAAAACACUUUUUGGAACACAAUGAUGAUAUAUCUUGUUUGGAUAUAUAUGAAAAUUUGGUGUUAACUGGAUAAGUUGGUCUUAAUCCAAUGUUGAUGGUGUGGAAUAUAGAUAAUAUGAGAAUGGUUUGUUUAUUUAAUGACGUCUUGAAGAAUGGUAUAUCUAAUUGUUGCUUUUCAAAUGACGGAAAGAGUGUGGCUGCUAUUGCCAUGGAUGAUGACCAUUUCAUGGCUGUCUAUGAUAUUGAUAUAGCCGUGAAUUCAAGGAAGGAUCCAAAGAAUAAAACCUCUCCCUUGAUUGCAAGUGGUAAAUUAACUAAAUAGGAGAUCUUUGACAUUAAAUUCUUACCAGGUGAUUGGUAAAUUGUUGUCGCUUGCAUGAAAGAAAUCAGUAUUUGCACAUGGAAAAAUGGUACAAUCCUGGCUGAAAGAGGAGUUUGGAAGGAACAAUAACCUCAACCAGUCUUGACCAUUGCUAUCAAUGGAGGAUAUAUCGUUACAGGUGUUUUCAAUGGAAAUUUCUUGUGUUGGAAGAAAAACAUUUGUGUUAAGAGUGUCAAGGCUCAUGUUACUCCAGUCAAAGCAAUAAUGACGAGAUCAGCUGGUCGAGGAAUCAUCUCUGCUGAUAAGAGAGGUAUCAUUAUGGGUUGGGAUCCAUAAUUUAAUAAAGUGUUCGAAAUUGACACCAAAGAUUUACCACUCAAAUUAAGUUAUCCACCAAAAGGAUCACCUAAUGUUAUUUCGGUCUGCGAAAGUCCAGAAGGUAAAAUCUUGUUUGGUACCAGAAGAUCAGAAAUUGCAGAAAUCCUUAGUUAUGAAGAAGGUUAAAAAAUACAAUGUAAAUUACUGAUGUAAGGACAUUUCAAUGGGGAAUUGUGGGGAUUAGAUACACAUCCAACCUAGAAUAUAUUUUAUACUGUAGGAGAAGAUGAAAUGUUAGGCAUGUGGGAUAUCAAAUAGAAGAAGUUACUUAAGUCAACUCCUAAUCAAUAUGGCAGCAAAACAUUGAGUGUUAGUCAAAAUGGGAAAUGGGUUGCCACUGGUUGUUCUAAUGGCAGAACGUUCAUUUAUGAUGCAAGUUCCUUAAAAAAAUUAUCAGAGAUAACUGAAGUUGUAGAUCCUGACAAAGAAAUCAUCUCAUUAAUCAAAUUCUCACCUAAUAAUGAACUUUUGUGUGUGUGUUAUAAACCACCAUUUUCUGAAAUUGCCUUCUAUUCAACGAAAACUUGGAAAAAACAAAGUAAAAUACCUAAUUGCAAAUAUCAUGUCUUCACCUUAGACUUCUCUGCCGACAGUAAAUUCAUCCAAUUAAAUACAAGCCAUUAUACUAUUGAAUUCUAUGAUGUGAAUUCAGCAUAGCCAAUAUAAUUUGAAGCUGCCAAAGACAUUUAAUGGUUCACUUGGACUUGCAUUUAUGGAUGGUAAGUUUAAGGUAUUUGGCCAGAUUGUUCUGAUGGUGAUGAUGUCAAUGCCACUGAUAGAUCAAAGGAUGGCAAAUGUUUGGUUUCUUGUGAUGACUUUGGUAAAAUUAAACUAUUCAAAUAUCCUUGUCCACAACCAAAGAGUGGAUGUAUCAAAUAUACAGGACAUUCCUCCUACGUCUGUGGAAUCAAGUUCACAAAUAGUGGCGAACAUAUCAUUUCAGUGGGAGGUGACGAAUUAUCAAUAUUUCAAUGGAGAUACAUCUUCUCUCCAUCCAAAUUAGAUGUAUAAGAUAUACAGGAGGAGCCUGAAAAAGUUGAAGAAAAUGUUGGUGGAGCUAUGUUUGAAUAAGAAGAGCUAGAUAAGGGCGAUAUGAUAGGAGCAGUCAAGCCAUUUUUAGGUGAAGUCUAACAUUCAGUUCCAUCAUGGUACAAACCAAACAAGGCUAGAGAUAAUUAGGACCCGAAGGGCAAUUUAUCAUUGUACCAUAUUCAUGGAUUCAGAUUCUUUUACAUUUUGGAUGAAUGCAGAGACAUGUUGGGAUGGACAGAUAAAAAUAAAGUGGUGUUUGUAUCAGCUGCUUUGGGAGUGGAGGUAGAUCCUAAGACUUAACAACAAGCAUUCUUUAAUAAACAUGAAGAAGAUAUAGUUAGUUUUGCUUUGCAUCCAAAUAGAAACAUAGCAGCCACAGGACAGAUGGCUUAGGCAGGCAAAGCUAAAUGUAUUGAUAUUUUUGUUUGGGACAUCGAUUCAAAGGAGGUCUUGGCUAACUUCAACCAAUUUCAUUUAAGAGCAAUAGUGUUAUUGAAAUUUUCACCCGAUGGAUCUUUAUUGUUAACAGUAGGUUAAGAUGAUGACAAUUCGUUAGCCAUAUAUGAUUGGUAGGGAAAAAGAUAAAUUUGUACAUCCAACAUAGACAAGGCAAAGGUUAAUGGAGCAGCAUGGAAGGACAAUGAAGAAUUUGUGACUGUUGGUAAUAAGCACAUAAAGUUUUGGAAAAUAAGUGGACGUAAUGUGUAAGGCAAAAUGGGUUAGUAGUAAGGCAAAUUCGAAUCUUAAUUCUCAGUUGCAUAUGCAUUUGACAACCAAGUCAUCGUUUCAGGAGGAGGCAGUGGAACAUUGUUCUGCUGGAAAGGUGGAAGUAGUGAUAAAGGAGUCAAGGGUCACGAAGGCAAAGUGUGUUCAUUCAUUAUGGAUAAGGCCAAGAAAUUAUUAUAUUCUGGAGGAUUAGAUGGCAAAGUUAACUCAUGGGGUUAUGAAGGAGGUUAGUUGGUAAAGAAACAGGAGAUUAUCAAUUUGGCUACCAAUCCGCUCUUCCCACCAGGUGUUGUGGCCAUGGAUUACAAUGAAAAGACUUAACAGUGGUUAUUUGGUACUAAUGGUGCUUAGAUCUUCUCUUAUGAUCCAACCAAGAAAUAAACCAGUAUUGUAGUGUAAGGUCAUUUUGGUGAAGAAUUAUGGGGAGCCUGUGCUGCUCCAACUGGACACAAAUACGUUACAGGAGGUGGUGAUAAGACAGUUAGAGUUUGGGAUAUUGAUUAAAAGAAGAUGGUUUGUGUUAGUAAACCAUUCCCAAGUGAGGUUAGAGCUGUUGAUUGGUCAACUGAUGGUAAAUUUAUAGUUUGUGGUGAUCUCAAUGGAUUUGUAUAUCUAUUGGAUCCUAAUACUUUACAAAUUAUGGACACUGCCAAGACCAUCUUUACCACUAUGCCUAAGAGAUAAUCUACAUAUUGGAUUGAUGAUUUGAAGAUAUCACCAGAUUGUAAAAAGGUAGCAUUUGGUGCUCAUGGUGGUGCGUCACAUUUAGAAGUAUGGACUAUUGAAUAUCCAAAAUUUGGUAAAUAAGGAACCAAAAUUUAAUGUGGUUUAACUUCAGCCUUGACUGCUUUGGAUUGGUCAGUUGAUUCAUCUAUUGUAGUUGUCAAUAGUGGGGCAUAUGAACUUAAAUAUGUUGAUGUAAAUGCCAAGAAAAAUCAACCAUCCUCUAGUUAAGCUAACACAGAAUUUGCUAGUUGGACUUGUAAAUUGGGAUGGCCUGUUUAAGGUAUCUUCCCUUCAGCAGAUUACAGUGAUGUCAAUACUGUUUGUAGAAGCAAUAGCAAAAAAUACUUGGUAUCUGGUGAAGAUACUCAACAUGUUGUUUUGAUGAAUUAUCCAGUUGUAGUGCCCAAAUAAAAGAGAAAAGAGUAUAUUGGACAUUCAUCUCAUGUUAUGAGAGUAAGAUUUACAUGCGACGAUAACUUCUUGAUUUCAGUAGGUGGAAAUGAUAAAUCGAUUAUUGUUUGGAAAACAGAUUUUGGAAGUGCUCAAGGAAAAGUCGAGUAAGUUAAUUUGCAAGAACUAUGCAAGGAGGAAGGAGCAGAUGAUAUUGACAUGCCUGUUAAAAAGAAGAAGGCUUAACCACCUCCUAAAAAAUAAAUAUAGCAAGAUGAAAAUUCAGUAUUCUCCCAAGAGGAAACUGAUGAAGGAGAUUAAUUUAUGGCAUGCAAACCAUGGAUGGGAGCAAUUAAAGAACCAACAUAUCAAUAUUAUUAAAGCAAAACAGAUGGACACAAACCACCAAAGUGUGAUUUGGAAAUUGAAUAUGUACAUGGUUAUCGUACAAAAGAUAUGAGAAACAAUUUAUUCUUUUUAGCAAAUGGCUAAGUAUUAUAUAAUGCAGCUGCAUUAGGAAUCGUCUUAGAUGUUGGUAGCAAUACCUAAACUUAUUUCAAUAAGCAUGAAGAUGAUAUCACAGCAAUAGAUCUGAAUCCUGUAGAUAGAAUGACUGUAGCCACUGGUGAAUUAGGAGCUAAGCCAAAUAUCUUUGUUUGGAAUGCUGAGACUAAGGAAGUGAAAUGCUAAUUCAAAGCCCCUUUGUAAAAAGGUAUCAUAGCAAUGGCAUUUACUCCCAAUGGUAAAAGAUUAGUUGCUGGAGCAGUUGAUGUUGAUCAUUCAUUGGCAGUUUUUGAUGUGAGUGGAAAAGGAGCAGUAUUGUGGUCAGACAAGAGUGGCCCAGAUGUUAUCGUUGAUUUAAGAUGGAAUACAGAUGAUGCAUUUGUAACAGUCGGAGUGAAGCAUUAUAAAUGUUGGAAAUAUGAUAAUGGUAAAUGUCAAGGAAAGAAGGGAUAAUUCGGAAAGGGAGCAAGCAACAAUUUAUCAGGUAUUGCCAUUAAUGGAAAUGAUACCUUAUGUGGAGCUGCAGAUGGUUGCAUUUAAGUAUGGAAAGGAGAAGCAUUUAUGAAACCAUUGCCAAGUAAACAUGCCCAGAUUUGUGAUUGCAUUACAGUUACACAAGAUUAUGUUUUCUCAGGAGGAAGAGAUGGAGUAUUCUUUGUUUUAAGUAAAAAUUAUGAAGAAAUCUUGGCUGUGAAAGUAAAAGAAAAGUGUCCAGAUUCUGUGUGUCCUAGUGUCAGAGCCAUCUAUGCUGAUUUGCCAAAUUCCAAAUUGUUGAUUGGAACAUUGGGUAGUGAAAUUUAUUAAUUCUCUUGGGAUGGUGGAGCUAUUAAUAGUCAAACAGACUUUUAGGUUACAAAUCUUAUGAGAGGUCAUUUCUGUCCAAAUUUGAAAUGGACCAAUGAAGUCUGGGGUUUGGAUAUAUUCUAAGAAGACUAAGAUAAAUUUGUAACAUGUUCUGAUGAUGGUACUGUUCGUGUUUGGUCUAUUGCUGAUAGGAAAUAAGUUAAAAUUGGUAGCACUCUUCUUACUGCUGAUGGCAAAGAAGAGAAGAGGGAUCUCAAUACUGGAGAUUUCACUGAUUAAUGCAAAGCACGUGUUGUUAGUACAAAUCCUAAGGAUGAAGGUUUCACUGCAGGAAUGAAGGAUGGUACUAUUAGAAUAUAUGAUGCUGAAUUUAAUUAAACCAAAGUAUUUAAAUAGGCUAAAGAAUGGAUCAGCGAUAUCAAAUUCUCUCCUGAUGGUACUACUUGUGUUAUUGGUUCACAUGAUAACGCACUUUACGCCUAUAAAUACCCUUCAUGGAAAGCAAUAGGCAAAAAAAUGCAAAAACAUUCAUCAUAUAUUACUCACUUUGACUUUAGUAGAGAUGGUGUCAAUUUGCAUUCCACUUGUGGUGCUUAUGAACUUUUAUUUUGGGAUGUAGCAUAAUGCAAAUAAGUAUUAUUUAGUUAUCAUUAAUUUUUAGUUACCUGGUGGAGCAUCUGCAUUAAAGGAUGAAUUAUGGUACACUUGGACAGUUACUCUUGGAUGGCCAGUCUAAGGUAUUUGGCCUGAAUGUGCUGAUGGUACUGAUAUCAAUGCCGUUGAUCGAUCAAAUACUACUAUUAAUGGAAAGAAUGAUCCUAAAACAUCUUAUCAUUUGCUUGCUUCCGGAGAUGACUUUAGUCAUGUGAGAAUACUCAGAUACCCAAGCUUGAAGAAAUCCUCUGAAGCCGUUGUUGGUACUGGACAUUCAUCCCAUGUUACAAAUGUUAAAUGGACCAAAGAUGAUUCAAGAAUCAUCUCAACUGGAGGAGAAGAUUAAUGUGUGUUCGUUUGGAAGGUUACAAAAAAGUGAAAAUUAUGAAUAUAUCAUAAGUCAAUUGUUUACACAUCCC